AUGGUGGAGAAAGAUACCCCGGCUGACGGUAAUAUGGCUGAUGCCGCUCCUGCUGCGGUUCAAUCUCCCGCUGCUUCUUCCGCGUCGCGGUAUAGCAAGCAUAUUGUGUUGACGACAUAUCCGGGACAAAGCGGCAUCGACCCCGUUCCCCUCACCUGGGGCGCCAAAGAUGCCCAGGCGAGGGGCCCUGUCAUCGUCUCGCGCAGCAAUGCCCUCUUGAAGCGACGCAAUGCGAUGGGCGCCCACGGUGGCAGCUACAGUAUUUACAAUGCGCUCGCCAUCGCCGCCGGCGACCUGGAGCCUGAUUUCCGCCCGGACUUCCGCAACAGCGAGCCGACGUUUAACUUUGCCUGGCAGUCGGCCUGGGCGGAUAAGACGAAGAUCGUGUCGAUGGAUCCCUACGGGCAUGACGUUGUCAAUCAGUUCCGGGAGCAGCUGGAUGCCGGGUGGGAUAUUCGGCCGACAAUGGCCGUGACGCGUGCGAAUAUGAAGUUGGCGGAGAUAGGCGAGGCGGUGCGGGAUGGGAUGCUUGACGUUGAUGGGACGAUUGUGGUGAAUUCUGGGGGAGACGUGCGUGUUACUAAGGUGGCCGUUGAGCCGGUGUGGUAUCUUCCUGGUGUGGCGGAUCGGUUCGGCGUCGAUGAGGGCACACUCCGGCGGACGCUGUUUGAGCACACUGGGGGGAGCUAUCCGGAGCUGAUCACCCGGCCUGAUCUCAAGGUUUUUCUUCCGCCGAUCGGUGGGCUGACGGUGUACAUCUUUGGGCCGCCGGAGCGCGUGUCGGACGAGAAUGUCAAGCUGGCGGUGCGGAUCCAUGAUGAGUGCAAUGGCAGCGAUGUCUUUCAGUCUGAUAUCUGCACGUGUCGACCUUAUUUGGCGUUUGGAAUCCGCGAGGCUAUCCGCGAAGCGCAGAAUGGGGGGAGCGGCGUUGUGAUCUACUUUCGCAAGGAGGGGCGCGCUCUGGGCGAGGUGAUCAAGUACUUGGUGUACAAUGCUCGCAAGCGCGGCGGGGACACUGCCGACAAGUACUUCACGCGGACGGAGAAUAUUGCGGGCGUGAGAGAUAUGCGCUUCCAAGCGCUGAUGCCCGACAUCCUGCACUGGUUGGGCAUCAAGAAGAUCGACCGCAUGCUGUCCAUGUCCAACAUGAAGCACGACGCCAUCGUGCAGUCUGGGAUUCCCAUCAUCGAACGUGUGCCGAUUCCGGAAGAUAUGAUCCCAGACGACUCGCGGGUCGAAAUCGACGCGAAGAUCAACGCGGGCUACUUUACCACCGGCCGUCAGUACACGACUGAAGAGCUGGCGGAGGUCCGUGGACGAGGUUGGGAGAAAUGGGAGGAUAUCACGGUAUCAAAAGACCCUAGAGACAGAACCAUGGGCUCCGAAGCAAACCCCAUCCCCCGCAUCCCCCAACCAGGCGUCUGGUGCCCCGCAGUAACCUUCUUCGACCCCCAAACCGACACCCUCGACCUCCCCUCUCAAAAGAAAUACUUCACCUACCUCUCCAAAACCGGCCUCACCGGCCUCGUCAUCCACGGCACCAACUCCGAAGCCUUCCUCCUCACCCGCGAAGAACGCACCCAAGUCAUAGCCGCCGCCCGCGAUGCAGUCGGGCCCAACUUCCCCCUCAUGGCCGGCGCAGGCGCCCACUCCACCAAGCAGACACUCGAGCUCGCCGCGGACGCUGCAGCAGCAGGCGCAAACUACCUCCUCAUCCUCCCGCCUGCGUACUUCGGCAAGGCGACUACCCCAGCUGUCGUGAAGCGUUUCUUUGCAGAAGUCGCAGCUAAAAGCCCCCUCCCUGUUGUAUUGUACAACUUCCCGGGCGUGUGCAACGGCGUCGACAUGGACUCGGAGACGAUAACCGCUAUCGUGCGAGAGGACAAAUCCCGCCGCGGUGACGGCCAGUCCAACGUCGUCGGCGUCAAGCUAACAUGCGGCUCUGUCGGCAAGAUCACUCGUCUAGCUGCUACAUUUGACCGGAACGAAUUCGCCGUGUACGGCGGCCAGUCGGACUUUUUGGUCGGCGGGCUCGCGGCCGGCUCGGCGGGCUGCAUUGCCGCGUUUGCGAAUGUCUUCCCGCGCACGGCGGCGCGUGUGUUUGCGCUUUAUGAGGAGGGCAAAGUUAAGGAAGCGGUUGAGUUGCAGAGGAAAGCGGCACUUGCCGAGAGCCCGAUUAAGAGUGGCAUUGCGUCGACGAAGUAUGCGGCUGCUGUUUAUGUGGCGCCGUUGGCGGGGAUUGAGGGGGCUGAGGAGAAGUUGAGGCCGCGGGCGCCGUAUGAGGAGCCUAGUGAGGCUGUGAAGAAGGGGGUGAGGGCGGGGAUGGAUGUGUUGUUUGGGGUUGAGAAGGCGUUGUAG